UCCAAGAUCAAGAACUGCAAGUGCUGUCGAAGCUCAGGCAAUCCUGGCAAGACCCAUCGUCCCUCGACCACUGGGUGGCCUCCAAUUCAUCCUCCCUCUGCGCAUGGCCUGAGAUCAAAUGCCAAGAAGGCUCAAUCACUGAGCUCAAUCUUGUCAACCUGAACAUAAAUUAUUCGAUCCCCCCAUUCAUCUGCGACCUCAAGAAUAUGACCAAGCUCGAUCUCUCUUACAACAAUAUUCCUGGAGAGUUUCCCACUGUUCUCUACAACUGUUCCAAGCUCGUAUACCUCGACCUGUCCCAGAAUUACUUCGAAGGUCCUAUUCCAUCCGACAUCGAUCGCAUGGCCGAUCUUCUGGUCCUGAUUCUUGCCGCCAACAGCUUUUCGUUCGACGUCCCGGUGUCGAUCGCAAGGCUGCAGAGGCUGAGGAUCCUUCACCUUUAUCAGUCCGAGUACAAUGGCACGUACCCUGAAGAGAUUUUUGGCCUCUCCAAUCUUGAAGAACUGAGGCUCGAGUACAACAAGAAGUUCGUGCCAUCGCAGCUGCCACAGAACUUCACUGCCCUGAAGAAGCUGCGGUUCUUCUCGAUGCCGCAGACGAACCUGUUCGGCAGAAUCCCGAAGACGGUCAGCGAUAUGGAGGCUCUUGAGCACUUGGAUUUGGGGAUGAAUCCACUGACAGGAGAAAUCCCGGGCAGCAUUUUUGCUCUGACGAACUUGCGCGAGUUGUACGUGUACAAGACUAAUGUGUCCGGGUCAAUCCCUCAGGCAGUCAGCGCCGCGAACCUGAGCGUGAUUGAUCUGUCUUUUAAUAAUUUGACGGGGAACAUUCCUGAAGUUUUUGGACAGCUCAAGAAUCUGUACAGCUUGAAUUUAGAGUUCAAUCAAUUGUCUGGCGGAAUCCCGGAAGGUAUUCCGAGUCUUCCCGCUUUGUCUGAUAUCAGGCUGUCCAACAACAAUCUAUCGGGCACAAUCCCCCCAGACUUCGGCAAGUUUUCCCCGCUCAGAAGAUUCGAAGUGGCCUUCAACAACUUGACCGGUGCAUUUCCAGAACAAUUGUGCCAUGGGGGCACGCUGUUUGGGUUGGCUGCCAUGGACAACAAUCUCAGCGGGAAGUUGCCGGAGUCACUUGGAAAUUGCAGUACUUUGUCCCAAGUGAUGCUGCACAACAAUGGAUUCACCGGAAAUGUGCCUGGAAGACUCUGGAUGUCACGGAACUUGAUGGCUUUGCUCUUGAGUGGUAAUGGAUUAACUGGCGAGCUUCCCAAGGAGCUGUCCCCAAACCUCAAUCGGAUCGAGAUGAGCAACAACAAAUUCUUCGGCAAGAUUCCGAGCACGGUGUCUUCGUGGAGGAACUUGGUGGUGUUCGAUGCUAGUAAUAACCUCCUCAGUGGCACGGUUCCGGCUGAAUUGACCGUGCUUCCUUCUCUGACGACGCUUUUGCUCGGUCAGAACAAGCUCUCCGGGAAUCUUCCCACAGACAUCAUUUCAUGGAAAUCCUUGACCACUCUGGAUCUUAGUCACAAUAAGAUCUCGGGACCGAUUCCCAGCAAAAUCGGUCUUCUGCCUGUGCUCAUGCAGUUGGACCUGUCUGACAACCAACUGUCCGGCCUGAUUCCUCCUGAAUUCGGCCAACUGAAUCUGGACCGUCUGAAUUUAUCCUUCAAUCGUCUCAGGGGACCAAUCCCGGCCAAGUUAGAGAACGCCGCAUAUGACACCAGUUUCCUGAACAAUGCCGGGCUCUGUGCAUCCAAUUCGUUCAUGAGGAUCAAUGUCUGCAACGCCCAAUCCCAGAGAUCGAGCAAGACCAAUCUCACCUUGAUCGUGAUCUCGGCCAUUGCGGCAGCGAUAUGCGUUUUGUUGGUGGUGCUAUUCACGAUCAGAGCUUCCAGAAAGAACAGGGAUUGCUUUGAUUCUACUCUGAAACUGACUUCAUUCCAAAGUUUGAAUUUUACGGAAUCGAAUAUUCUGUCGGGAUUGAAGGAGCAUAAUGUGAUUGGAAGUGGUGGAUCAGGAAAAGUAUAUCGCAUUAUGGUGAAUCCUUCUGGUGACGCCGUCGCUGUGAAAAGGAUUUCAAAUAACCAAAAAUUAGAUGAGGAGCUGGAGAAGCAAUUCGUAGCAGAAGCGGAGAUACUUGGGAACAUUAAGCAUCGGCACAUUGUCAAACUGUUGUGCUGUAUUUCUUGCGAGAACUCGAAACUCCUAGUGUACGAGUACAUGGAAAAUAGCAGCUUGGACCAAUGGCUUCACAAGAAGAAAAGAUCGUCGCGCAUCCCGGGUGUCACCAACAAUAUGAUCUUGGAUUGGCCCAAAAGGUUGCAGAUUGCGCUCGGAGCAGCUAAAGGACUUUGCUAUAUGCAUAAUGAUUGUUCAUCACCCAUCAUCCACCGAGACGUAAAAUCGAGCAACAUUCUCUUAGACUCAGAGUUCAACGCAAAAAUUGCUGACUUCGGCCUUGCAAGGAUGUUGGCCAAGCCUGGAGAAGCUGUUACGAUGUCAGCUGUUGCUGGUUCUCACGGCUAUUUGGCACCAGAAUAUGCUCACACGACAAGAGCUAAUGAGAAGAUCGAUGUUUAUAGCUUUGGGGUCGUUCUCUUGGAACUGACCACUGGAAGGAAGGCUAACGAUGGGAAGGAAGGCAUGGGUCUCGCUGACUGGACAUGUUGUCACAUCCAACAUGGCAAGCCGAUAUUUGAUGCAAUAGAUGAGGAGAUCAAGGACAGCUCGUACCUAGAUGAAAUAAUCAAUGUCUUUAAGCUCGGGAUCUUUUGCACUGCUACACGGCCUUCCAUGAGGCCUGCAAUGAAGGAGGUAGUGCAAAUGUUGCUCAGAUGUAGCGAUCCACUUCAUAAUGUCGAAAAGAAAUUACAACACAGCUUAGAUGCUUCCCCCCUCCUCGGAAAUUCUAAGAACAAGGAAAUGCCGCGCAGUGAUUUUCAUGUUCUUGAGUGCAACACUGGAAUAGUUAGCACUGGAACAGUUGCAGAAGGUUAGUGAAGGGCUUUGAACUCUCAACUUCUGCAAAACUUCCCCAACUUAUCCUACAGAGAGACAAGCAUCAAACGAUUUGUCUAACUGUGUAUUAGUGAUCCAUACCUAAGACUAGUUUCUGAAUGUGUCCUAUAGAAUGUAUAGAAAAUAAGAGAUGGAUAUGUUAAUUUCUGCUAGAUAUAUAGACUUCAAAGAAGAUAAGUCACGUCACCAUUGAAUGUCUGAUCUUUUGCCACAUUUGCAUCUCAAUAAAGUUGGCAAAUCCAUUGAUGGCUUGGAA